AUGGAAUAAUUGAAGUUUAGAAUGCUAAAGCCAAUUCUUACAUAAAGAAAGAGUACCGAUCUUUCAAAUAAAAGAAUAAAGCAAGAUUCUCUUUAAAGCAUGAAUAUUUUAAAUAGCCCUAAACCUUAUUCAAAUAUAUCAUAUAGAAAAUCUCAUAAACACAAAGCUCUUUCAUAAGGAGUAAAUAAUUUUUAAUUUUAGACCUUUUACGGAUCUCCUUUAUUAGGUUAAAACUAAUUAGAAGUUAUAGAUAAAAUGAAAUCUCAGCAGCGUAAUGAUUUUUUUGGAUAAUUAAAGAGUAUUGAUCCAUAUUAAUAUCCAACAAGAUUAUAAGAAUUAUAACUUUCACCGAAAUCUCCUAGAGAACGUAUUUUAUUGAUAUUAUUACAAAGCUACUGUUGAAGUUAUUAUUCCAUCCGAACUUAAAGAACCACCUUUAACUUUAGGGCGAUUAAGUGACAAUUUAUCAAGACAUAAUGCUAGAGAUAAAAUACACAGGGGUAUUCCAUAAAAGUGAGUUUUUAUGCUUAUACAGGCAUGAUAUUAAGUAAUUGGCUAGUUGGGUUGAUUUGAUGGUCCAAUAAAUUAUUGACAAAUAUGGAGAUUAAAGACAAAUUGAAUUUUAUGAAGAAGUUUAAAAUGUUCUAACUCUAUGUUUAAAGGAACUUAUCAGAUAAAUUAGUAUUGAUUGUAUAGAAAGAAGGUAAUUAACUUUAAUUUACAUUAUUUUAGUGUAUUAUUAGAAAAGAUUUGGGCAUAAUAUGUAGAAAUUAAUUCCUCAGUUAUCAAAUAAGUCUUAGAUGAAAAAAAAGAAAUUGAAAAAUCUAAUCUAAAAUAAAUUAUGAAAACACAUUAACUAUAUUAAGUUGAAAUUGAUACUUUUUAGUUGAUUAUUAAAAAUUUGAAAGAAGAUUAAUAAUAAUUAACUGAAAGAUUAAUUAAACUUAAAGAUAACGGAAAAUAUUUAAAAAAGACAAAUAAACAUUUAUAAAAUAUGUCAAGAGAAUUAAGAUUUUAAUUAAAUGAUAUUACUACAAAUAAUAAAUAUUUACUUAAUGAAGUUGAAAAUCUCAAAUAAUAUAUUGAAGAUGCUGAGAAAGAUAUGUAAAAUUAUUAAUUAUAAUUCCAAAACCGAUUAAUAUAAUCAAGAAUUGAAUCUCCAAAUUCACCUCGUAAAAAAGCAAUGAAUAGAUCUGAAACUGUUUUUCUUUAAUCAAGACCUAGAGAAUAAUUUAAAAUAAUUAGAGCAGGUAAACAUAAGACUUUUUUUCAUGAGCCAAAACCUGAAGAAAAAGUUUAAAGAGCAUUAAAAAGUGAUACAGAUUCUUCAAUUGUGUCUGAUAUUGAAAAUAUGUUAAAAGAUUAAAGUACAGAUACAGAUGAUUUAUAUUCUUUAAUGGAAAUGUAAAAGGAAUAAUCUACUUAAGCAUAUUCAUCAAAUUCGUAAUUUAAUUAUAAGUAAAUAUAUAUUAUCAAUAUCUAGAGCUUUAUUACUGCCUGAAAAUCGCCAUUAGAUAACUUAAACUGAUUCAAGCAUGUAUAAUAUGAAAUUAAAAGAGACUUAAACAGAAUUUCAAAAUGAAAUGGUUGAAGUAAUUAAAACAGAAGAAGAACAAUUGAUAUAGAUUUAAGAAUAAUUGAUGAAAGUUUCAGCUAAUUAUAAAUCAAUUCAAGGAGAAUCUUCAAAUGAAGAAAGUCCAAGAUCUAGACGAAUUUCUUAAUUUUUUUAAAGCUUAGGAGAGGCAUCUAGUAAAAUGAAAUAAACUGUUUAAAUGUAAAGAGAAAUCAGAACAAGUUUAUUAUUAGUUAAUAGUGCAUAAAAAGAUGAAAAUAUUAGAAAAUAAGAUCAAAUUAUAAUUUUGGUAUCAUUUUUAUUUUAUUCAAGAAAUCAAGAAAUGAAGAUUUAACAAAAAAUGUAGAAGAAGCAACACUAGAAAUUUAAGAACUUGAAACUCAACUAGAAUUAUAAGAAAAAGUAAAGAAAUUUUAUAUUAAAGAUUAAUUCUAGACUUGAAAGAAGAUAUAAUAAAAUAAAAGAAAGAAAACAAUAAAUCCUUGAAAAAACCAGAAAUUUAGUUAGUUCUUUUACAAAAACCUAAAAAUUUACAAACAUUAUGAAAAAAAAAAUAUAAGAUAAAAAAGAAAAAUCUCCUGAUGCAAGAAAAACUUCUGCUCAAAUGUAAAACUAUACACCUUCUUAAGCUGAUAUAAAUUAAAGAUAAUAAUAAUAAAUAAAUCAAAAUUAAAAUUAAAUAAACUUAUCGUAACCAAAACCUAUUUAAUAAAAUUAAAAAAAUAUUUAAUUAGAAUAAUAGUAGAAUAAUAAUUUAACAAAUUAAUAAGAAAAUUCAAGAACUUCAGUAUCAGGUACAUCAAAUUAAUUUAUAAAUUAAUCACAAGAAGUACCUUCUAUGAAAAAAAAAUGGAAUAUUCAUAUAACAAAUGCAGAUGAAUAAAAAUAAACUUCGGAUAAUGAAAGUGAUUUUUCUUAAUCUUAAUUAUCAGUUUAACGUAGCACUUAUUCUGCUUUGGAUGUAAAAUAUAUAUAAUAAGUAAUAGGAUUACUAGGAUAGUGUAUCAUAGAGAAGUUUAGUUUCUAAUAGAUCAAUUACUUCGUAAGUAAGAAAUUCCAAUAAACCAUAAUCGAAUUACGUUAGAAUUAUUAAUUAUAAUUAGUAACUAGUCCCAAAUAAUAAUCAUCAAAUAGUUAAACCAAUUAAAUAGAAAAAGGAAAAAAAUACUCAUUCUAAUUCAUAAAUUGCACUUCCACUUGAAAGUAUGAGAAUAAUAUCAGAUACUUUAAGAUAAUUUAUAAAUGAAGAAUUGGAUAAUAGUGAUACUUCAAGUGUUGAUUCUUCUUUUUCUACUAAAUUAGAAGAUUUAAAUAAGAGAAAACUUGAAGGUAAUUAAAGAAGAAAGAAUGUCACUCUAGCCUAGGCUCCAAGUAAAAUUGAUAUAUUUUAUUAGAAUUCUAAAAUCGUAAUAAUGCCGAAUCAACCUCAUAAUUAAAUCUAUAAAAAUCACAAUAAUUGAUUUUAUAACUUUCAGAUAAGUUUUCUAGGAAUCCAAAAAGUUUAAAUUCAAAAAUGUAAAAAAUUAAUGUUCUAAAAUUUAUAUCAUAAUUUUAUUGUGAGAAAAUAAGAUAAUAUUCAAACAAAAAUAUGCCAUUACAUUAAAUUUGUUAUGAACAUUUUGUAAAUACAUAUGGAUUUAAAACUAUGGCUGAACAAAAGCUCACCAAUUUUUAUUAGUCAGUUUUUGCAUAUCGAGAUAACUUUAGAAUUAAUUUAUUUGGCCGGUAAAGUAUAAUAACAAAAUAGAUUUGCUGAGUUAUUUAGCCCUCUAACAUUAGAUGAUUUAGAAAUUUAUAUUUAAUCAUUAAAAAUAUUGGAUGAAAAUGAAAUACCUAUUUAAUUGGCUUAAGUGGUGAAUGAGAAAGGUGUUCUUAUUUCUCUUGAUCGUGCUUUAGCUUGUUUAGAAACAUAACAUUCUUGUCUUUCUAUUGAAAGCAGGGAUAAAAUAAUAAAAGAAAUUAAAACAAAUACUUUUGAAAGAAAAAAUAAAAAUUGUGUUGAUUUAGAUUUUUUUAUCAGUAAAGUUUUAACUGGUUAUCAUUAAUUAAAAUUGAUUCAUUAAGCACAUUUUGAAGAGGUAUUUUAUUCAGCUGAUAUGGAUAUGGAUGGAAUGAUAGAAUUUUAAGAAUUCUAAAAAUUAUUUUUGCAUUUUGAAAUUAAUCAAGGUACAAACUUAAAUUAGAAAAUUAUAAGAAGCUAAUUUAUGGAAAGAUGUGAUACUGUUUCUAAUGAAAGUGGUGAAAAGGCUAUGUCUUUUGAUAGAUUCGUAACUUUUUCUUUGGAAAAUAAUAUUUUUUCAGAAGAAAAAUUUUAGGUAAUUUCAGUUUGUAUAUAAAAAAGAGAUUUUCAAGAAAUGUUGAUUUAAGUGAUCCAAUAAAAAACCUUAAUGAUUUAAAAGAGAAUUGGGUGAAUAUCUAGGCAUUACUUACUUACAGAAUAAAUCUUUCUGAAUCAAGUGAAGCUUAAUAUUAUUAAAGUAUCAUCCAAAAGCUUGAUUAUGUAAUAAUAUUAUUAUAAUUUUAAUUAGGCAUUAAAAAAUAAAGAACUUAAAGAAAGCUAUUGGAUUUCGUAUAGGAUACUAGAUGCUGAUACAAAAGCUGUUUAUUUAUAAAAAGUUGUUGCUAGUUAUUUACCUUACGAAUAUUUAUGUAUUUAAGAAUUAGUUAAUGAAAUUUUUGAUGAAAAUAUAUAAUACAUUAGUGAUUGAGCC